UAAUUGAACUUCCGGUUGAAAAAUAGAGAAAAUAAUUUUCGUAAUUAUUAUUGUUUAUUUCAAUACAAUGGCUGUUUCGAGCGUCCAUUUACAGUCUGAUGCAUAUUUAGUAUGCCUUACACACGCUUUGUCAACGGAAAGGGAAGAAAUAAUGGGGCUACUUAUUGGAGAGAUUGAUGAAAAUAGGGUGUCUCACGUGUCAGCCGUAGUGGUGUUACGUCGAUCAGAUAAACAGCCGGACAGAGUUGAGAUCUCACCUGAACAACUCUCAGCUGCAGCAAGUCAAGCAGAGAUGUUGGGGCAGGAAUUGAAACGACCAAUGAGAGUCCUCGGAUGGUACCACUCCCAUCCUCACAUUACAGUAUGGCCUUCACAUGUUGAUUGUAGGACACAAGCAAUGUACCAGAUGUUGGACGAAGGCUUCAUAGGGCUUAUCUUCAGUGUGUUCAAUGAUGAUAAAAAUUCAAAAAAAUCCACGUGUCAGGUCACAUGUUUCCAGUCAACCAAUCAGAGUCCAGAAGGAGAACCUCCGCAAUAUACUAGGAUAGAAGUUCCACUACACAUUGUACCAAGAUAUUCCAUAGAAACACCUUGCCUUAACUCUCUUAUACAACUACCCCAGAUCCUUUGCCAAGAAGAACAAGAAGCAUACGAAAAGACUCUCUCACAUGACUUAGAUCUGUUAACAAGAUUACAUAAUGGGGCAGUAUACAGUAAAUCACUUUGUGGAAUCCUAGAAGUCAUGGGCGCACCUACAAUGCAAGCUUUAGAAUCACGGCAACAGAGAAAUAAGCAAAAGAUACAACAGUUGCAGCAAGAGAAAGAAAAAUUAUUGAGACUUUUGAAACCAAAAGUGAGGACUCCAACAAAAACUACAAGGAUAUGAUACAUCAAACAGGGGACUCAUAGAAAGCGUGACCCGAAAUCCUUCCCAUGGACUAGUCAGAGUAACCCAGGCCUGUAGCCAGGGGUAGCGGAUGCUUUCUUCGCUCCCCCUCCCCUAGUCAAAAAUUCCUUCAAAAUCAUGCAGUUUUCACCAUUGUGAGCUCUUUUUGCAUGAUUUUUUGGGCAAAACUGUCGAAAAGCCCCGUCCCCCUUGGCAAACCUGUAACCUCUGGGUGUACCACUACAGAUUGCAA